AUGAUAUACAGCACAACACUCCACAUUCGUAUAUCUCAUACCCUCUACACAUCUCUAUUCACCCCUAUAUACACCUUCCUUUUUGAGAGGGAAACAGAGCCCAGGAAAAAUCUCGAGCCUCCUGGCAUUCAAUUGUUGUCAGAAUGGUUUGGGGCUGGGUUUGAACAUGAGUAUGCAAAACAUGUAAGGGUGUUGGCGUUUGUGUUUUUGUUGUCCCGGACGCUAAGCCCUAAAUACAUUGCCAGCUUCCAGCGCUGCAGGUCGAUAGAAGGCUUCUUUUCCAGCGGCGGUGGCACUGGGUACAACCUCAUUGUGACAACAAAGAAUGGUGGCAACAUCCUGGAAUUUGACACCUUCACAGAGAUAUGGAAGAUUAUAGACGAUGUUCGCAGCCUCGAGUGGAUAAAUGACUACGGUGAGCCAUCCAGCCACGCUUUUAGCUGCGAAACCUCACCACUGGGGGGUUGCUUGAUUGGUGGUGUUCCGCGCUACUUCGCAACGAGGCCACUUGCACAGGAAGACAUCUACAGAGCGGUGAACCAGCCGCAGUUUGCUGAUGGCAAGCCGGCUUUUGCCGAGGAUAGCCUGGGAGGUAUUCAAAGGGAUGCCAGCGGUGAGAUCAUCGCAGCCGGUGCGGUCCGAAUCGAUUGGUACGACUGGUCAGAUGGCUUUUCGAAGGCCUGGAAGGAUCAUUUCGUGGACGAGAAUCAUCUGACGAUGCAGCGGUAUGAGAAGCUGAAUGUGUAUCUGCAGGGCUACGACUCUUUCGAUGAUGAAUUGAACCGAACGGUAGGAGCAGACAUUCCGCUUUUUGCUUCGGCCUUCAUCCUCAUGUCAAUGUUUUGUUCGACUUUCAUUGGGAAGCCUUGCAGCUGGACGCAAAGCAGGCGUCUGUUGGGCUUUUGCGACCUGCUGCUAGUACUUGUGGCCUGCGUUGGUGGCUUCGGCAGCGCCAUGUUGCUCUCAGUCCCAUUUACCAUCCUGGCGCAGAUCUUGCCCUUCAUUCUGGUAGGAAUUGGGAUUGAUGAUGCUUUUGUCAUUACCAAUGCCUUUGACUCAACAGACGAAGCUGUCGACAUUCCUGAGCGCGUCGGACGAGCGAUGGGACGAGUGGGUGUAUCAAUAACCCUGACAUCCCUCACUGACAUUGUGGCGUUCCUCCUUGGAGCCACAUGCGUUUUCCCAGCAGUUCAGUUUUUCUGCCAAUAUGCAGCCAUAUCAUGCUUUUUCGUCUGGAUUCUGCACUGCACCGCAUACUGCGCCAUGCUGUCUCUUGAUGCUUCUCGGAUGAAGAAAAAUCGUCUGGAUCUACUGGUCUGCGUGCCCGCGACGUCCUCCUGCAUGCCCCCAGUGCGACCGACAGACUCGUCCAAGGGUGAAGGGGACCUUCCCUUGAAUGAGCUCCAGGGAACGGACUUCAGGCUCAUCGAUUUGACGCCCGAUGCCAGUUAUUUGCGAGAUUAUUACGUGGAGGAGGGUCUUAAUUUCAGCGCCAUGGAGGUCCAGCGCAAUCUUGAGCUGGCUGGUGGCUGGGAUCUGUAA